CACAAUACAGAACUGAGAAAGAGAGAGAAGUGAUAAAGAGUAACCCUGAGAUCGCUGAUGGCACACAGGGACCUCUAAGCGUUCACCUGGCAAAAACACUCAGAUACAGUAUUCCAUGCCUUUUCCCAGCCCCGUCAUUGAUGGGAAAUCAACUGGAUCGUAUCACCCACCUAAAUUACAGCGAGCUGCCCACUGGGGACCCAUCGGGGAUAGAGAAGGACGAGCUGAGGGUCGGAGUGGCUUAUUUUUUCUCGGAUGAAGAGGAAGACUUGGAUGACCGAUCGCAGCCCGAGAAUUACAAAGAUCAGAGUCCAAGCAAGGACGGGCACAUAGUUCUAAACGAGAUCGAAUAUUCUGCUUUCUGCUGCCAGGAAUGUAUUUUCUCCAAAUUAAGAGAGAACGAAGAUCUGAAUAUGUAUUCUAUGAAAACUCUGCUUACCAUGUGCAAACCCGGGGACGUGCUGGAACUUGUCCAUGUAGCCAACGAUCAGCCCCCGCACUGGGCUAUUUACGAGGGGAAGGGUCAGAUCAUUCAUUUGUACAAAGGGGAAAUCCGCAAGGAUAGUCUGUAUGAAAUUAGUAAUGGACGAUUGGGCAGGAUAGUGAAUAACUGGUACAGAUACAGACCGCUCCCAGCCGAUCUGGUCAUGCAGAAUGCGUGCGGGCACCUGGGACUUCGGACUGAUGAGAUCUGUUGGACAAACUCUGAAAGUUUUGCUGCCUGGUGCAGAUUUGGCAAACGGGAGUUCAAAGCCGGAGGGGAAGUACAGACUGCAGAACAGCGCUAUUUUCUUAAGAUCCACGUCUCUGAAAAUAACGUGCAUAGCUUGAUGUUUCACAGUUUGGAGGAUUUAAUAAGAGAAAAACGCAAGGUGGAUGCAAGCGGAAAGUUAAGAGUCAUACAGGAGUUUCCCAUAAUACCUUAAUUCCUUUCAAAAACAGCGGACCUGUUGAGACUUGCAUGCCUCUUGCAAGGGCUGCACCUUUCUUUCGGAGCAUUUGUGAGGAUCACGGUACUUUCUGAGAAAUGAGUAUUAAGGGAACGUUCCUUAUUUGCAUGGAUACUGCUUUCCAAACACAGAAUUCGGAGCUGUCGAUAUGUACCUUUUUAAAAUGUCUACAUAAUUUACAUGGAGUAAUUAGGGAGUCUAUUUUAGCGCCGCAUUCCAGUCAGUAGGUAGUGCCUAUCUUAUUUAGUUCUGACACUCCAGCUUGUAAAUAGGCACUAAAUUUGACCUUAACCAGCACCCCUUUAUUUCUGAUGGUACAGCCUGUGUGCGCUUUUCUGUAUUGUCGCCACAUAUAGAGUGGAGAUAGAAGUGGGCCAUUCUUAAGCUGAUUUAAUACUAACCAUAAUAAUUUAUUGCUCUGACAUGAGCAAAUAAAUGAUCAUUUAUUUGUUUUUGGAUGUAUUUUUUUUUUUUUUUGUAUUUGAGAAAUAUGUCUCCUUCGUAAAUCAAUGAGUGCUAAUCCUAUCAACAAUGUUAAGUUGUUUUUCAGAAGUACUACAGAAAUGGGUUUAUUGAAGUGUACUAAUGAUUUCAACUGAUUGAACCAACCAUGCUAACUGAGUGAACAAACAAAUUUCAAUAAUAAAGUAUUUUUUUUGGCUUUAGGCAGCUGAGGGCAACUCUGCACCAUUAAACUUACCAUUUUCUUCAUUUUAACACUUUAUUUUGAGUAAUUGUUUAAAAAUAUUUUUGCUUGGAGCAUUGCAAAUGGUCAGGAACAUAAUUCAAAUAAACCCAACAGAACUAGUGAUUCACUGUGUAAGGUGGGCAAUCAUGAGCUAAUUGGAAUGUGCUGAUGAACAUCAAUUAUGUGUUUGUGUCAAACUGUAGCAAUGCAUAUAAAUCAAUUACACACAUUCACAAUGCAUUUACCCCUGUUAAUUUUGCAAAAUCUCUGCAAACAAAAUGUCAGUGUAUUAAUUCAAGUCCACAUAUGUGGAACAUUUGUAUUUUUUUUUUUUUUAAUGAUGCAAAAGGUACAGUGGAGUACUGACUAGUCUAGUUGUAGACGGCACAAAGAUGAAACAGCGUUUUAUACAAAAUAUAAAAUGGAUUGUCAAGAGCGAUUGCCCUUUUGUUAACGUAAGCCAUGUAAACAUUUGAAGAAGCAUAUGCAUGUUUUUCUUUUGGUCUUUUUGACCUACACAUGCUAUAAAAUGGUGUCAGAAUAUUAAGGAAAAACUUUUGCUAGACGCAUAAUAUAUAAAUAUUCACAUUGAUCUAUCUAAAAUUACUUGUCUUGCUCUCAUAAGGGCCCUUAAAACAAAACAAAUAAGUAUGUAUAGAAUUCACACGUUAGUGUUUAUUUUUGUAUGUCUGAAAACAAAACUAAUUCAAACAAACACUAAAAUGUGUUUAGAGUGUUUUCCAUAAGAUUUGUUUAAUUUUUAAAUGUUUUUUCUUUUCUUUACAGUGUGUUUUGAAAGUGCCAAAUGUAUCAACAAGUGUUGGUAUCCAUGAAACAUAUUAUGCACAUUGUAAUUGCACUGUGUUGUAAAAUUUAAAACAAAUAAAAGUAAAAAAGCAAACCCUUA